AUGACCAAGCAGCUCUGGAACUGCGAUACAUCCUGGCGAUGUGUCCAGGCAUUGGCAGUGAUCCUGACCAUCCUGCUAUUGCCCGGUACAGGUGGUGCGCUGGAUCCCGGCAUCGAUUUAUUGGACGCUUUAAAUCUACACUCAAACUUGUCCCAAUACCCAGGUGUAACGAUUACACCUUCCAGAGUUUUUCAUUUGUCAGGUCUCGAUCGAAAUCUUGUUCUUCCGGCUGCGGUUUUUCACCGGGCAGUCGAGCAGAUGAAAAAAUCACCAGAGUUCACCUUUUCCGUUGUCCUCAAACAAGAGCAGUCAAACUCUGGGACCAUAAUAUCAUUUUCCAACGGAAUUAAUAGGUAUUUAGAAUUACAAUCAAGUGGAAGACGUGACGAAAUACGUUUUCAUUACACACACAUAACAGCAGCGGGUGCAACGCAGAUUCUAACGGAAACGUUUCCGUAUCGACUAGCGGACGAUAUCGAGCACAAGGUGUCGCUUACAGUCAGCGGCACUGAAAUGCAACUAUUCAUCGACUGCCAUCCACUGUAUAAAAGAGUGACACAUUUUUUACCAGAUAGAAAUUUUAGUGCUUCCAAUAUGCAAUUAUUCGUCGGACAAAGAAACUCAAAUAGUCAUUAUUUAUUUAAGGGAGAAAUAAAAGAUUUACGUCUUAUCACUGGGUCUUAUGGUUAUUUAUCUCAAUGCGAGUUGAUGGACGCACAAUGUCCUACCUGUGGACAGUUCUUAGAGUUAGAAAAUGCUUUAUUAGAAUUAAAACAAACAAUGUCGCUGUUAACAAAAAGGCUAGUGGAAGCAGAGAAGCGCGUCUCAUAUAUUGAGGAAUGUGAUUGUAAAAAAUCAUGCUUAAUAAAUGGUACAACUAAAAAUGAUGGUGAUGCCUGGGAUAUUGGGUGCAGUCGAUGUGAAUGCAAACAAGGCAUAGUCAAAUGUGGUCCAAGACCAUGUCCAGAAGUUAAAUGUAAACAUCCAGUAUUAAAAGAGGGCGAAUGUUGUCCUGUCUGUUUGAAAUCUUGUUACAUUACUAAGAAAGACUUUGAGCAUGGCGAAAUCCAAAUCCUUGGUUGUAGAAACUGUUCGUGCGUUGAUGGUAACAUGCACUGCGAAUUCCUGCAAUGUCCCGAGCUAAAAUGUCCACCGGAGCAACAAAUGUCUGUGACGGAUGAAUGCUGCAAAUUUUGUCAAGAUACUCCACAUAGGCGAAAAGUACGGCCACACAAGCGACCGCAUGGCGGUGGUGGUGGCGGCGGCGGUGGUAAUAGGAGACAACACCACAAGAAUUCUACUCACAGAAACAAACAUUCAAAGAAAAAGAAGCACGAACAAGCAUUACAGUUGCAAACAACCGAAGAUGUGGAUGAGUGCACUCAGCAGGGUGGUCUUAAUGGUAACCACUGUCAUCUGAACACGCGAUGUGUGAACACGUUUGGUUCGUAUAUUUGCGAAUGUUUACCUGGCUACCGAAGACAAGACAAGUUUAACUGCGUGGAGAUGGACGAAUGCAAAUCUGGCGAGCACAAUUGCCACGAGAAUGCCGAUUGCAUUAACACAUUAGGUUCUUACCAUUGCCAAUGUAAGGAGGGCUACACAGGCAACGGACGCGAUUGUAAACCCAUGUGCAAUCAAACUUGCUUGAAUGGUGGCGAAUGCCGCUCACCUAAUGUCUGUACAUGUCGCACGGGAUACAUUGGUGAAUCGUGUGAAAAAGACCUGGACGAGUGUGCAACAGGUCUGCAUCGAUGUAAGGACACGACGGAUUGUGUAAAUAUGCCGGGCUGGUAUUUCUGCAAGUGCAAGGCUGGAUUCGAAACCAAAGGCAAAGAAUGUGUAGAUAUAGAUGAGUGUUACCUCAAUACGCAUAGCUGUCAUCCGACAGCCCGGUGCGUUAACACACCGGGACAUUUCAAAUGUGAAUGUCCGUCCGAAGGCGAUCCGGAAUGUAGAUUAAGUUGUAUGUUCGAAGACCGUGAACUGCGAGAUGGUGACAAAGUAUCACCCAGUAACGCGCCAUGCAAAAUCUGUACCUGCUCAAAAGGUGUGAUCAGCUGUGUGGAGCCUCCGUGCAACUGUUCUUCAUGGCACCCAGGGGUCGUCAGUGAGUUAUGUUGCCCACAAUGCGAUCCAAAACAAUCUUGCCAGCAUCAGGAGCUACAGCAUGUCACGUUUCGCAGUGGCGAGCAGUGGAUAUAUCAAUGUCAAACAUGUGAAUGUUUGUAUGGCGAAUUUGACUGUUGGAAACUUGAUUGUCCUCCACUCACAUGUGAUAAUCCGAUGCCGGCCGGACCGGCAGACUGCUGUCCACGAUGUCCAGAUGACAGGUGUGGGUUUGAGAACCUUACCAAACUAAUCGCGAGCAAUAGCGCUGAAGAAGUCGGUGUCGGAACAACAUGCUUGUACGGAAAUCACGUAUACCCGCCUGGACCAUUUAAAUAUCCGUCCAGAGAAUGUACCACCUGUUCCUGUAAGGUCCCCUACUGUGCCCUACUGAACGGCAAAAUCACCUGUCAUUACGACGAUAACUGCAGUAUUGCUGACAAUCGUGGUGCACUACGAAUGGUGGAAGAGCUUAAUGCGAACAAUAGGCUCAACCCUAGCUCUUCUAAUUAUAAAUCAUCGCAAGCAGCGACCCCAAAGAUGUUGGUGCACUCACAACAGCAGCAUCAUCAUUUGCCACACAGGACUGCAGCGAUCAAUAGUUUAUCAAAAGCAGCUAGCCGGCCUGGCAGAAGCAACAAAGCAAUGCCAACAGAAGCAGCAAAGGCAGGAGAUGCAACUUCAACUAGUACGGCAACAACAUUUGAAAGAAGCACAAUUAGUAGUAAACAACAUUUUAAUCACGCAUCAGAUGAAACAUCAAUUGCGCGGACUUUCGCUAUCGGCUGGUCUAAGAUCAAUGCAGAUUUCAGUGCAGAACCAGUCGAAUCACAGUAUGCCGCAGGAUCCAUUACAGUUCCAGCAGCAACCAGCGGUUCUGGACAUUCUACUAAAGCAGAUGUACCAUCGGGCGACGAAAACAUACUGCUCACGGCACCGGCAAAAACGAAUCAUAUACAACAUAAUCCUGACAAUGGAGGACUUACAAUUGAAGCUGAAGACGGAUCAUCUUCUAGAAGGCAACAAGCAGCCAACACUGUUGCAACAACGCCACAGACCCCAGCAACGAAUACACACAAAAAACGAUCAUUACUGCAAAUGUUCCCAAUUUUCGAUUCGAUUAGUGAUUUGGACGGUGAUUUAGUAGCCCCAACCCGGCGUAAUACGAAGCACAGAGAACGUGGAUAA